AUGGGUAUUGUUGGUCUUUUGAUUUAUUUUGAUGAUAUUGUGAUCACUGGUUUCGAUUCUGCUUUACUUCGUAGUCCUUCUGGUAUUUCACUCAAUCAACAUAAGUAUGCUAGUGACUUGGUGGCUACCACUGGACUACAAGAGGCUACUUCUAUUGAUACUCCCAUGGAAUUAAACAUCAAGCUUCGCAAAGAGGAGGGUGACCUACUUGAUGAUCCAAGUUUAUACCGAAAGUUGGGCAUUUCUCCCCGUGGCUUAUUCUUUCCUACAAGCAAUUCUCCUCGUCUUGCUGCUUAUAGCGAUGUUGAUUGGGUUGGUUAUGCUGAUACACAUCGCUCCAUCACUGGUUGGUGCGUGUUCUUAGGUGGUGCAUUGAUCUCCUGGAAGAAUACGAAGCAAGAUAAAGUUUUUAAGUCAUCUACAGAAUCUGAGUACCGGGCAAAGUCUCUUGCUUGUUUUGAAAUUAUUUGA